AUGGAAUUCGACUACAGUCCAAUCACAGCAUCUCUGCCGGCUUUCCUGCCACCAGAAAACACCACCUACCGCGCACCAGAUACUAUUGACACCUUUCUGAACUACAACUAUCGCAAUCACAGUGACUGUCAGAUCUCAUCUCUCGACCUCCACUCGGCAUUUGCUCCACUAUGCAGGACCCGCGAGGACUUCACCCGUGCCUUCUCUAGUGGUGGACGCAUCGGAUUCAAUCAACCAUUCAUCCCGUUGGACUGCGAUAUGCGUUGGUUCACGACUGAAGAAAUCUGUGAGAUCUUCUCUCGGUUUCAAAAGGUCGUUGUGAUUGGAGAUAGCAUGAUGAGGCAUGUGGUUGGCGCCUUGAAUGUCCUUCUACGGAAAGAUCUCGGUUAUGGAGCUGUCACCAACUGGAAUUUCAAUGACCAAGAAACUCUCGAUUGCUUCUGCAACCACCAAAUGGAUGUGAAAGCAUGCUCUGUGCAAGGCAUCUUCAGCACAUCUUCCGUGCUCGAGCACGACCCAGACUCUCUCGCCUGCAACCAACCCUUCGACCUUGUCAUCGAAAUGAUGCUCCGCUUUCCGCUUGACCCGACCGAAGUCUCCCGUUUCCAAGACCUUCUCUCCCCCACGAAACCCAAGAAGCCAUACGCUUUCAUCUUCGGGCAUGGCCUCUGGAACGACCUUGACAUCCAAGCCUUCCUGAACUGGCUGGAUGGAAUCCUCGCGCACACGCUCGAAAAAGCGCCUUACCUGGAUCCUACUGGACGGUAUAAACGCGCAAAUCCACCGCUCUGGCCUCGGCUCUACGUCACGCCCAACUCGGCUGGGAUAAGAAAACCAGACAAUUGGCUGGUCAGCCAGGGCGAUAAGGCACUCAUGGUGUUUGAGGAAAGCAUGAGAUUCGAAGGCGCCAAACGCCAUGUCGAGACACUUGGUACCUGGAAUAUGAGUAUCCAGUCCAGCAAAUAUGACGGCGUACAUUUAGAUCUCAAGGGCAAUCUGGUGAAGGCGAUGGGCGUGGUUAAUUGGCUGAACCUCGUUGAGAUGAGCGAUUGGUAG